UUGCCGUAGAUUAGGCAUUAACCGAGUGAAGAGCGUCGGUCAAAGUUUAGUUGACUUUAGCGACUCCUUCAAUGAUGGCUGCGGGAAAUAUUUCCCGAUUCUGGGAAUGGGGAAGGAAGAUCAUUUGCGUGGGCAGGAACUACGCGGAUCACGCCAAAGAGUUGAAAAACGCCAUCCCCACGGAGCCGGUGCUGUUCUUGAAGCCACCUUCCGCCUACGUCCGGGAGGGCUCGCCCAUCCUGGUGCCCUCCUACUCCCGCAACCUGCACCAUGAGGUGGAGCUCGGCGUGGUGAUCGGCAAGGGCGGCACGGCCAUCCCCCGAGCCGACGCCAUGCAGCAUGUGGCCGGGUACGCCCUGUGCUUGGACAUGACCGCCAGGGACGUCCAGGACGAGUGCAAGUCCCAAGGUCUGCCCUGGACCCGGGCCAAGGCCUUCAACACCUCCUGCCCCGUCAGCGACUUCAUCCCCAAGGAGAGCAUCCCCGAGCCGGGUGACGUCACGCUGUGGCUGAAAGUCAACGAGCAGCUGAGACAAUGUGGCUGCACCUCGCAGAUGAUCUUCUCCAUCCCGCAUCUCAUCAGCUACAUCAGCGACUUCAUCACCCUGGAGGAGGGCGACCUCAUUCUCACCGGGACCCCCAAGGGGGUGUCGGCCGUGCAGGAGCACGAUGAGCUGCAGGCAGGCAUAGAGGGAGUCAUCACCAUGCACUUCAAAGUGGACCGACAACUUCACUAGUCAAAUGAAUAAUAAUAAUAAAAAUAUAAAAACUGUAAAAAAAAGAAGAAGAAGAAUAAAAUAUUUUAUUUGUAAAAAAGGACUUUACAUUGAGUAAACAACCUCAAAGUGCUACAGUGUAAAAAAAUAAAAAACAAAAAGAUAAUAAAAAAUAAAUAAAAACAAAAACUAGUACGCAUAUAUCUAAAAAAAAAAAAGGCUUUUUUUAAAAAAAAGAAGGGUUUUUAUGCCUUUUUUUAAAAACAUCCACAGUCUGUGGUGCCCUCAGGUGGUCAGGGAGAGCGUUCCACAGACUGGGAGCGGCGGAGCAGAAAGCCCGGUUUCACAUUGUUCGUAGCUUUGUCCUCGGAGGUUGGAGGAGGUUAGCCUGUCCGGAGCGGAGGUGUCGUGGGUGUAUAUAUAAUAUAUGUAAUAUAUAAUUUAUAAUUAUAUAUUCAACAUAAUUAUAAUUAUAAAAUCCAUCCAUCCAUGCAUUUUCUACCGCUUAUUCCCUUCGGGGUCGCGGGGG